CGGGACGCCCGCCGAGGCUGGCGCCGCCAUGCACGCCCUCACCGGCUUCUCCCUGGUCAGCCUGCUCAGCCUCGGCUACCUGUCCUGGGACUGGGCCAAGCCGAGCCUCGUGGCUGACGGGCCCGGGGAGGCGGACGCGCAGCCGCCGCCGCCGCCCGCCCCGUCUCAGCCUCCGCACAUCAUCUUCAUCCUCACCGACGACCAGGGCUACCACGACGUGGGCUACCACGGGUCGGACAUCGAGACCCCCACGCUGGACCGGCUGGCCGCCGAGGGGGUCAAGCUGGAGAACUAUUACAUCCAGCCCAUCUGCACGCCCUCCCGCAGCCAGCUCCUCACCGGCAGGUACCAGAUCCACACGGGGCUGCAGCACUCCAUCAUCCGCCCGAGGCAGCCCAACUGCCUGCCCCUGGACCAGGUGACGCUGCCGCAGAGGCUGCGGGAGGCGGGCUACUCCACGCACAUGGUGGGCAAGUGGCACCUGGGCUUCUACCGCAAGGCGUGCCUGCCCACGCGCCGGGGCUUCGACACCUUCCUGGGCUCGCUCACGGGCAACGUGGACUACUACACCUACGACAACUGCGACGGCCCGGGGGUGUGCGGCUUCGACCUGCACGAGGGCGAGGACGUGGCCUGGGGGCUCAGCGGCCAGUACUCCACCCUGCUCUACGCGCGGCGCGUCAGCCGCAUCCUGGCCAGCCACAGCCCGCGGCGGCCCCUGUUCCUCUACGUGGCCUUCCAGGCGGUGCACACGCCCCUGCAGUCGCCCCGCGAGUACCUGUACCGCUACCGCGGCCUGGGCAACGCGGCCCGGCGCAAGUACGCGGCCAUGGUGACCUGCAUGGACGAGGCGGUGCGCAACAUCACCCGGGCCCUCAAGCGCUACGGCUUCUACAACAACAGCGUCAUCGUCUUCUCCAGCGACAACGGCGGCCAGACGUUCUCGGGGGGCAGCAACUGGCCUCUGCGGGGCCGCAAGGGCACCUACUGGGAGGGCGGCGUGCGGGGCCUGGGCUUCGUCCACAGCCCCCUGCUCAAGCGCAAGCGGCGCACCAGCCGCGCGCUGGUGCACAUCACGGACUGGUACCCCACCCUGGUGGGCCUGGCGGGGGGCGCGGCGGCCGCGGCCGAGGGCCUGGACGGCUACGACGUGUGGCCCGCCAUCAGCGAGGGCCGGGCCUCCCCGCGCACCGAGAUCCUGCACAACAUCGACCCGCUGUACAACCACGCGCGGCACGGCUCCCUGGAGGGGGGCUUCGGCAUCUGGAACACGGCCGUGCAGGCGGCCAUCCGCGUGGGCGAGUGGAAGCUCCUGACGGGGGACCCCGGCUACGGGGACUGGAUCCCCCCGCAGACCCUGGCCGCCUUCCCGGGCGGCUGGUGGGACCUGGAGCGCAUGGCCGGCGCCCGCCAGGCCCUGUGGCUGUUCAACAUCAGCGCCGACCCGUACGAGCGGGAGGACCUGGCCGGCCGCCGGCCCGACGUGGUCCGCACGCUGCUGGCCCGCCUCGCCGACUACAACCGCACCGCCAUCCCCGUGCGCUACCCCGCCGAGAAUCCCCGGGCCCACCCCGACUUCAACGGGGGUGCGUGGGGGCCCUGGGCCAGCGACGAGGAGGAGGAGGCGGAGGAGGAGGAGGAGGAGGAGGGGGAGGAGGAGGAGGGAAGCAGGGCUCGGAGCUUCUCCCGGGGUCGCCGCAAGAAGAAGUGCAAGCUCUGCAGGCUUCGAUCUUUCUUCCGUAAGCUCAACGCCAGGCCGAUGUCCCAUCGGAUUUGA